CUUACUUAUCAGUUAUCACUAAUCCUUGAUCUUGUUCCUUGUCAUUCGUUUAUUACAUGUCAUCUAUAGGUUAUAUUCCAUAGCUUCUUCGCAUGUCUCGUUUUUGCUGAAGUUCAUGUUCAAUGCAUCUUACCAGCAUAACAUUAAUUUAGAUAUUGUUAUUGUAUCUAGCAACAUAUUUCAAGCCAUUCAAGUAAGUUACAUAUAAUCAAUAACAACUGUAAUUUAUUAAACAUUAUUAAGUGAUUAUUAUUUGCCAUGUUUAUUUUACCUAUAUAUAUUUUAUUGUAAAGAAGUUAAGCGUUUCAUUUUAGGUAAAAUAUUGAUUAUAUUAGUAUAUCAACUAAUAUUUAGUAACUUAUGUUAGAAUAUUGUGGUGAUAUUGUUUAUCAACUAAUAUUUUUUGUAAUUAUUAUUAAGGUAGUAGCUACCUAUUUAUUUAGUAUGAUGAUCUAUGUUAUUGUGUUACAAUUUAAACAAAAAUUUAACAGUUUGUUUUUUUUUUUUUACUAUUAACUAAUAUUUUUGUAAUUAUUAUUAAAGGUAGUAGCUACCUAUCUAUCUAGUAUAAUGAUUUAUGUUAUUGUGUUACAAUUUAAACAAAAAUUUAACAGUUUGAUUUUUUUUUUUUUUUACUAUUAAGCCAGGUUCACACAGUGAUACCCCAGUGACUUUACUUUAAUUAAACAUGUUUAAUAUUUCACUUAAUAUUGUUUAAUAUCUCAAUUUUGAAUACAUGUUAAAUCCCAAUCACAUCACUCGGGUAUCACUCAGUAGAUUGUCGGUGUAAUCUUGGUCUCAAAAAUUGGAAACGGGUAUUUUCUUUCUUUGUCAAACAUUUAUGUAAUGUAGAAAUUUACACCAAUUUUUUUUUUCUAUUAGCCAAAUCAACUUAGUGAACCGAUAAGAGUUUUUAAAACAGUUUUGAUAUUGCACAUAGUCCUGCAGGUUACUUUCUUCAAUUUAGUUUUAGUUUUUAUUAAUAUAUAAUUUACAUUGAUAUACCUAUCAUAUACCUAUACCAAUUUCCAUAUUUUUAGAAAUUAAUGACUGAAAUUUAAAUAAAGUGCUGGCUGAUCUUAUGUACACUUUAUGUUAAAUUCAAAAUUCUUAUCACUAUUGGUCAGAUUGAUGGACAAAAGAUUGAUCUAAAUUAUUAUUCUGUGUAUAUGUUUGACAAAAAAAGAAAAUAUCAGUUUCCAAUCUUCUAGUGGUAGGUAUUGCUGCAAUAAAUAUUACAGUAAUGAUAAAAUUCUACAAAACCAUCAGCAAAUUAUAUCAUAAUCGUACUAUCUACUGCAGCAAUACAUAGUAUAGUACAUAGGUACCUUUAUAUAUAUAUAUAUAAAAAAAAAAAAACAAUUAUUUUAGAAUUAAAAAUAAAAGCAGAUACCUACCAAAGCAACAAUAACAAAGCAAUCAUAUUCAUUGUACAAACUAAACAACUUUUAUUUUAAUAAUUGCUAUUAUAUAAUAUUCGAUUUAAUAAUCUUGAAUGCUCAAAAAUAUUAUUUAUUUACACUUGAAAUUUAAAUAUUAAUUUUGUUUCAAAUAUUGCCAUAGGUAUGUCUAUUAAUUAACAUUUUAUAAUAAAUUUAUUUUACUAUGAUCUUCGACAUGUUUUCUCUGAUAGCAUAAUUAUGUUUCUAAUUUUAAAAUAAUUUUUUUUUUUCUGAUUUAUUCUACAAUUAACUAAAUAGUUAUAAAUAAAUAACAAUAAUAGGUAACAUAUUUUUGUUUUUUUUUUUGUAGAUUCUAUGCAGUUAUUAAUUAUAUUAUUGUCUAUAACUGUAAUAUUUGCCUAAAUUAACUUAAUCUAUAUUCUAUAAAUAUAAAUUAUGAAAACAUCCAUUACAUUUUUCAUUUUUAAUUAGUGUAUACUGCAUACUCAUACGGUUUAAAAACAAAAUUAAAAAAUAUUUUAAAUUAUUAUUCAUAAAUUCUUAAAAAAUGUUGGACUUUUAUUAAUGUUUUAUUUUAUUUUUAUAAUUAAAUGUGGUUUUCUAUAAAAUGUAGGUACAAUUUUUGCUAGACUAAUAUACUUACUUUUCCAAAAUAAUUAUAUUUUGUUUUAAAUUUGUAAGGAUUUUAAGACAAUAAUAAGAAUAAAAAUGGUUGGGCAUGUGCAAAGACUGCACAUCCAUCAACAGCAUAUAAUUUAAAAUUUAAAUAACCAAAAUCAUUUUAUUGAUUGAUUGUAAACAAAAUGAAAGGGUUCUAUACACAAUUCAAUUAAUCAGAUUGUACUACUUUAUUUGAUACAAUCUCAUAAAUUAUUAUUAUAAUGUAUAUGGUAAUGUUGUAUGACAAGUUUGCCAUACAACAAACUUGUGGGGGUCCAUGUAAAAUAAGUUUGAUCAAUUUAAUAAUGAUGUUAUAUUCCUUGUUAUCAUAAGGCAUAUGUGAACUAAAACUGAUAAUAUCAAAAAUGGUUUCAUCCAUUCUUAAAAAACUUUAAAAGUCUCCAGGUUCAAAUCUAUAUCUAUUUUCUUAUUUUGUGGGCCACAGUAUAGUAAUCAAUUUGUACACGAUUUAUUUUAUAUUUUCUCUUCUUUUCAUUAAUAUUCAAUAAAAAUUCAAUGAUGAUAGUAAUACCUUUGGUUUUUUUUUUUUUUUUUUUGACAUGAAAGCAAUAAUAAAUGAAUACUUUAUUAAUUUGAUUAGUUACACUAGUAUUUGUUAGGUAUUUUAUACCUAUUCUAUAUCUAUUUAUCAGUAUUUUAUCAGUAAUAAUUUGAUCAUAAGUAUUAUGACUCUACUAUCCAUAUAUAAAAGUGAUAAGUUGAAUAACUUGUAAUACAAUAAGAAUCUAUGAAUGUGUGUGGUAUAUAGUGUACUGCAAGUUCAUACAACUGGUGUAUGAUUAAUUUUAUUGUGUAUGUAUCGCUAAAUUCUACUAAUAUUUUUAACUGUAACAGGAUUAUAAUUCUUCAAAUUAUUAAAAUUGUUAAUAAUUUUACUUCUUAGAAGUUGUAAAUGUUCAGUGUUGUGAUUAAGUUAGGUAAUACACUUUAUUAGAAUAUUAGAAAUAGAAAGGUACCUAAUACUGUUUGUAGGUAAUUGAUAAAAUUAGAAAAUAAUAUAGACAAUUAUAUUUGAUACAUUUGUGUAUUCAUUACAAUUUAUUGGACUGUUCUUCUUUAAUAAUGUUCAAUGAUCUGUAAUAUUUUUUUUUCAAUUUCCUGUUAAAAAAUCGUUUUUCUUGUAACAUGACUACUUCCUCUAUAAAAAUAAAACCCUUGCCUGUACACCCAAUACUAACCACCCACCACCAGUGAAAUAAUGUACAUAUUGUUACAAUAUCAUCCAGCAUAAUUGCCUACAUCUUUCUCUUUACAAUGCCAUGUACCUCAAAUUUAUAGUUUAUAGGUCCUAAAUAAAGACAUUUAUUUUAUUCAUAUAAUUUAUAUAGUUUUGAAAUAUUAUGCUCAUCAUUGUUAAUAGUGAUUUCUAAAAAGAAUCUUGUUAUAUUGUAUGUAUUAUUUUAAAAAUGUUUGUAUAUUCUUUUUAAUUUCUAUAUUUAUAAUUUAUAUUAACAUUUGUUUUAUUUUAAAUUUUAGAAUGAAUCAAAUUGCUCAACAGUCUACAAAUGUAGAAGACGAGGAAUAUUCUGUUGAAGAGAUUUUAGACAAGCGGGUAAGAAAUAAUAGAACAGAAUAUUUUUUAAAAUGGAAAGGAUAUACUGAUGAAGAUAACACAUGGGAGCCAGAGGAAAACCUUGAUUGUGAAGAGCUUAUUGAAGAAUUCGAAGAUUUGGUAAGACGCAGGGAAAUGGAAAAAAAAGCUAAACAAAGAAAAGCUAAACAAAAACGUGGACGUGGACGUGGACGUAAAGCUUCAGUUGCUUGUAGACCUGUUAGUUGUAGUUAUACAGCUAGUACCAGCAGUUAUAUACAAAAUGUCAGCAAUUAUACAGCUAAUGUCAGCAGUUAUUCAGCUAGUGUCAACAGUUAUACAGCUAGUGGCCGCAGGUAUACAGCUAGUGGUAGCAGUUAUACAACUACUGGCCAUAGUUAUUCAGCUAGUAGCAGCGGUUAUACGCCAAGUGUCAGCAAUUAUACGCCAAGUGUCAGCAAUUAUACACCAAGUGUCAGCAAUUAUACACCAAGUGUCAGUAAUUAUACAUCUAAUAUCAGUUAUGAACCAACACCAUCAACAUCUUAUGCUAGUACAUCUCGAAUGGAAGACCAGGUAAUGAUGUCUCCUUUAAGUACAGUUAUUAAAGGUGAAAAACUUGAUGAUGAGUACACUGACUACCCUAUUGAUGUAAUACAAGAUGCUACAGUAAAAGAAGAACUUUCAUCUUCUUCCGAUGAAUUAUUUAUUCCCACUCCAAUUAAUGUCAAUGAUCCAUUGUUUGCUAACAGACAAGCAGAAAGAAUUCUUGGUGCUACUGAUGAAUCUGGCGAAUUGUUGUUUUUGGUUAAGUGGUUAGGCAUUAAUGACGCUGACCUUGUUUCUUCUAAAGAUGCAAACAUAAUGUGGCCUCAGCUUGUCAUUGAAUUUUAUGAAAGCAAACUUAAGUGGCCUGGCCGGAACAACCCGUAUGACCUUUAACUAUACUUAUUACAAUUUUGAAUAAGGAUAAGUAUUGUACUAUUUAGCCUUUAAACAAAAUAACUUUUAUAAAUCACCAAGUGAUUAACACAACUAUUUUACAUUAUGAUAAUGUUUAAAUAAAAUAUGAAUAACGAUUCAUCACUAUACUUUAAGAAACAAAAAAAUUAAAAUCCAAGUUAAUUAAAAAUUGUGUUCUAUUUAAAAAAAAUUCACUAUUAAAUAACCUAUGUGCUACUUAUUAAGAUUAGUUUCUUAGUAUACAACUAAUUAUUUUUUAGAUGAUAGGUAUCUGUGUUUAUACCAUAAACAGAUAGCCCAUGGUAUAGGAUUACUUGGCUACCACCCAUAGGAUGCAGCUGUUAUUAAGAGCUAAAGUCAUUUACAAUUUGUAUACCUAUCUAUGGUAAAGACUAGUAUUGUAUGGGUGGUAGUCAAAUUUUAACAUCCCAUUGACUACAGACAGAUAGUCUAUUGUAUAUUUAAUCAAUUUAUAUAUAUAUAAAAGAAAUACAAAACAUAGUGUAAUUUAGUAGAUCAUAUUUAAAUUGUAAUAAAAGUAAAAUUUUAAUCUUAACAAAAUUAUUCUCUACCAUUGUGACUGAUUGUAUCUCACUUCAAAAUGAUCUUACCUCACUUUUUUUGGGGGCAACUGAUCUUGAAUUAUCCUUAAAUAUGAAGGAAUACUGUACUAUGUUAUUUACCAAACUAAAUCUACAGUUAUUCUUUAUUAAUUAUUUAUGGUAAAUUGCAAUUAGUGGAAAAAAAAUAAAGCUGAGUAAUACAAUCAUUAAUUUUUGAUUUUUUUUUUUUAUAUGAACACUUCAAGUUCAAAUUUUAAUGAAAAAGCAAAAUACCAUUCUAUGAGUUCUAUAUUAAAUAAAUAGUAGAGGUAAGCUAACAUUGUAAAAUUUUAUUUAAUCUAUUCUGACCUAGAAUUAAUUUCAUUUAUCAAUAUUUCAUAAUAUGUUGUUUCAUAAACCCUGCAUUAAAUGUUAAGGUAACUUAGCAAGUUUAGGCCAAUCAUAUUUUUCUUAAGUUAUCAUUUGUUAAUGAUGUACUUUUUGCAAGGUUUGGCAAGUGAUUUUUUUCAACUAAAUUAAGUUAAGUUAUAUUUAGAUUUAAAUAAAGUUAAUAAUUAAACCUUGAUUCAAAAUAAUCUAUUGAUUCAACUAAGUUAAAAUUAACUUUUGAAUUCUAGUUUAGUUAAUUUUUACUAAAUUUUACUUAAACUAUUGCCUGUUGGGGAGUUAUAAAAAAGAAAUUAUUUUAUUUUAUUUAGGUAAUUUAUUUUUUUACUAUGUUAUUAUGCCUAUACAUGUAUAGAGCUUUAUGGAACCAAUUAUAUAAUUUAAAUUAAAUUUAAAAAAUUAUAAUAAACUUGUGAAUUGCAUGGUAUAACACUUAUAAUAAAUAGUAGGUAUAAUAUAAUAAUUAAAAAUAAAUAAAAUAAACCUGUGAAUUUUGUGAUUUAAUUCUUAUAAUUAUAAAUAUAUCCUAAUAUUCAAAAUAAUUAAAAAACAAAAUAAAAUAUUACACUUAAAUCUUAGUAUUUUAUCUAUAUAACUAUAUAUAACUGGUUAUUAUAAUUAUAGGUGCAAUGCUAAAAAAAAUGAUGUACCUAAUUAUUUUUAAUCAAUUUUAUGUUAGAGUCUUUGAGUUUUAAGCAUUCUCCAGCGACAAAACAUAAAUUCAUAUUUAAUUUUGUAUUAAAAACAUUUAUUUUAAAUUUUAAAAUUUUCAUCUGCUACUGUUUGGCUAAUCAUCAAAUAAUUCACUCCAUUUUUUAUUGUUUUCCACUCACUGAUUUAGUAUACAAGUGCACUAAUCAGUUUAAUCAUUAGUGGCAAUAAGAACCCUUCCAUAUUUUAGCUGUUAUAAUAUAUUAUACCUUACUACUUUAGUUGUAAUCUUAUUUAUAGUUAGAUAUUAUUUUACAUUAUAUUUAUUGAAUAUGUCAUCUUAUUUUUAUCUGUCUAUGUAGAACUAAUCCUGGUUUAUAAUAUUUAUUUAUUCAAACAAUGUUAAACAUUUUAGUUUUACUAUACAAUUUAAGCAUUAAUUUUAUAUUAUAUAUAAUAUGUAGUCUAUUAAUAAUGACUUAGAAUAAUUUAUACAAGUGUAUUGAGUUCAUAAAAAUCUAUGAUUAUAUUUAUAAGUUGAAUUUUUUUUUUAAAU